AUGCAAAAAUGCCUGGGGAACGCUUCGCGUAUUCUGCGAAAUCCGGAGCCCGGUGAUAUUUGCAUCGUGGAGUGCGAAGGGCAAUUGUUUCGCGGUGAAGUGAUUGACAAGGUGGACAGGGAGAACGCAUUCGUUGUGCGUUAUGUUGAUUAUGGGGACGAGCAGUGCUUUAAUGCUAAGUUACUUUAUUCAGUUGAUGGCGAAGUUCAGGUGAUUUCUUCUUUCUUCAUGUAG